ACAGGCAAUACUUAUCCUUCUCGAUAAUCUUGGAAAUAGCGCAGCACACCUUCUCGCCCUCACUUUGACUGUUUAUUGUACAAGAUCGCCGACACGAUUACCAGAAACUUGUUUAAACAGUACAAUCCCCGCAAGUAGAUCAAAAUGCAGGUCCCGGUGAUGGUUAUGAACGCGAACAUGGAGCGGGAGACAGGCCGAAAAGCCCAGCUCUCGAACAUCCAGUCAGCAAAGGUGAUCGCCGAUAUUAUCCGAACGUGCUUGGGUCCCCGCGCUAUGUUGAAGAUGUUGUUGGAUCCCAUGGGCGGUAUUGUCAUGACGAACGAUGGAAAUGCCAUUCUACGAGAAGUAGAAGUGGCUCACCCAGCAGCGAAGUCCAUGAUUGAGCUCGCAAGAACUCAGGAUGAGGAAGUUGGAGAUGGGACAACUAGUGUGAUUAUCCUUGCUGGUGAAGUUCUGACCGCGGCACUUCCUUUUCUGGAGCGUAACAUACACCCUAUUACCAUUAUUGGGGCUUACAAGCGCGCAUUGGAGGAUGCACUGAACAUUAUGAAGGAUAUAUCAAUUGAGGUCGAUAUAAGCAACAAGCCGGAAAUGAUGCGCAUUAUCAAAUCCACUAUUGGAACAAAGUUCGUAUCGAGAUGGAGCGAUUUGAUGUGCGGACUGGCGUAUGAUGCCGUCAAGACGGUGAACCUGGAGAUCGACGGAAAGCGUGAGGUAGACAUUAAGCGCUAUGCUCGUGUGGAAAAGAUACCUGGUGGGGAGAUUGACGAGUCAAAGGUUUUGGACGGUAUCAUGGUCAACAAGGAUGUCACACAUCCCAAGAUGCGCAGGAAGAUCGAGAACCCUAGGAUCGUGCUCCUCGAUUGCCCACUUGAAUACAAAAAGGGAGAGUCGCAGACGAAUGUGGAGGUGACGGACGAAUCGCACUGGUCGCGUCUGCUGGAGAUCGAAGAAGAACAGAUUAAAGAGAUGUGUGACCACAUCAUUCGCUUGAAACCUGAUCUUGUAUUCACCGAAAAAGGGGUCAGCGACUUGGCUCAACAUUUCCUGAUGAAAUCCAACAUCACUGCUAUCCGCCGAGUCCGCAAGACCGACAAUCACCGUAUUGCUCGGGCCACUGGCGCUACCAUUGUGAAUCGAGUAGAGGACUUGAAGGACUCCGAUGUCGGCACACAAUGCGGUCUCUUUGAAGUUCGCAAGAUUGCCGAUGAAUACUUCACUUUCCUCGAAAAGUGUGAAAAUCCUAAGGCUUGCACAAUCUUGCUCCGUGGACCCAGUAAAGAUGUUCUACAGGAGAUUGACAGGAAUUUGCAAGAUGCUAUGUGCGUUGCCCGGAAUGUCAUGUUCGAGCCGCGCCUUUGCCCCGGGGGUGGUGCGACAGAGAUGGCCCUUGCCGUCCGCCUCGGUGAGAAGGCGAAAACUAUUUCUGGAGUGGAACAAUGGCCGUACAAAGCCGUUGCGGAAGCUUUAGAAGUCAUCCCACGUACUUUGGUACAAAACUGUGGUGGAAACGCCAUCAAAACAUUGACGCAGCUCAGGGCGAAGCAUGCAACCGUGGACAACUUCUCUUGGGGUAUUGACGGGGAGAGCGGCAAGAUCGUGGAUAUGCAAGAAUACGGUGUUUGGGAGCCACACGCUGUCAAGGCGCAAACAGUGAAGACUGCUAUCGAGUCGGCAUGUUUGCUCCUCCGAGUAGAUGACAUUGUGUCCGGUUUGUCAAGGAAGGAGGCUGGUGGCGGUGGGCAAGCUCCCGCCAUGCAGGAAGCACCUGAGGAGGUUGGUGAGCGCUAGAGGCUAGUUUUCGACAUUCGAUUGAGUGAGUUGUCACCAUGGUCUAGUCCAGACUGUGUUUGUACAAAGGGGGAUUUUGAAUGAGAUGGGUCUAUAAUAAGAGUGUGCAAAGUUGUUAAAAGCUGAUCUGUUUAAACAUGUACAAUGGAGGUCAGACAUUGCGCGAUA